GCAUUUGAGUGCAAGAGUAGAGUUUGUGGCCUAGUGGAGAGCAGACAAGGUACGGCGAUGAAGGCCCAGAUUUGGAGAAGUGGAAGUCUUAACAGUCCUUAGAAGACAAGGAGCAGAGUGGCCUUGCUCCAUGAAGAUGGCAACACAGUCCCACACAGCUGCUGAGCUUCCCUUGGAGGAGCUGCUGGCCUUGUACGGCUACACAGUGUCAGAACCAGAGGAGGAAACCUGCCGCAUGGCUGCCAGCCUGCCGGACAAGACACUGGACAAGGAUCAGUUAACUGAGGAUCUCUUUCCUGGGGAGGAAGAAGAAUCAUCAGCGGACGAUCUCACACCCUCUGUCACCUCAAACACCUCAGAUUUACUACGCCGCCUCCAAGGUAGAGACAAAGACACUUGUGUCAGCUCAUCAGAUGAGGACUCUGAUGAUUCCUCUAUUCCCUCCAAUGAAGAGCACAAGGAAAUAAUGGUAGGCUCCAUGUAUCAGGCCAAAAUCCCCCCAAUCUGCCCAUAUACUUACCAGGAGAGAGUCCUGAGCAGUGUCGACCAGUUGUUGUGGACGCCCGGGGUUCUGCCUGUGCAGGAUGUGGAGGAGUUUUUGUUGAACGCACAGAAAUCUCGUGGCCAAGAGGGGGCAGCAUGCACACAACGGGUCACCGUCCAAGACAAUGAACAGGCGCUGUAUGAAUUAGUGAAAUGCAACUUCAAUGCAGAAGAGGCACUGAGGCGACUACGUUUCAAUGUGAAGGUGUUCAGUGAGCUUUGCUCCUGGAGUGAGGAAGAGUGUAGGAAUUUUGAGCACGGCUAUCGAGUUUAUGGAAAAAACUUUCACCUCAUUCAGGCCAAUAAGGUACGAACGCGGUCUGUGGGCGAGUGUGUGGAAUACUACUACAUGUGGAAGAACUCCGACCGUCACAUGUACUUCACUCAACAGGCCACCAGGCUGAGCCGUAGAAAGUACAGCCUGCUUUCAGGGAGCAUAGAGGAUGGAGACCAGGACGCGGAGGUUGGUGAGCUGGAAGAAAGCAACAGUUCCUCUGGACCGUUGUCUCAUAGUGCAGUGACCACUGGGCAGCUGGGGUGUCCAUUACCUCCACAGAUGAGCACAGACCUGGGCAAACACGAUGGUAAGCUGGUGAUGGAGCUGUCACAGCUGUGUGGUGACCAGUGUCCUCAGCAGCUGUUCGGAUGUCCCUCAUCUCUCCCACCCAUGAACAACCUGCAAGAUCCCACCUCAGACAGAUGUUGUCCGUCGGCUUUGAUCCAGCGCCCGUCUCAGUCUUCUGCUCAGAGCUCCCAGUGGGCCUUCGGGGGCUCCCCGUCCCACCAUGACGACCACGGCCUCCGAAACCCCUGCUUCUACCAGCUACACAUGCAGGGAGGAUCUUUUGUUUCUGCGGGCUCUGAUUGUGGCGCAGCGGGCGGCGGGCCUGGUGCCUCCCACCGGCUACAGGUGGAGUUCAGUCUGCCAUCCACUUCUCCCUCCUCGUCUGCUGCCCUCCCAUCACACUUCCAGGCAUUUGGCAGCCUUCUGCAUCCUUCCCCCAUCCAGCAUCAGCGCUUUCUCACACAGUGAGGAGAGCCUGGAAAUAUCCAAACUGGGGAGUACUUUGAUUG